UGUAAUAUUUUCUCUCUCUAAAUCCAUGGAUCCUUCUCUCUCUGUAACCAAUGAUCCUCAUCAUCCUCCUCAGUUCACAUCUUUCCCUCCUUUCACCACCAACUCCAACCCUUUCGCCGCUCAAAACCACCCCUUCUUCACCGGAGCCACCGCCGUCGCGCCGCCAAACAACAUCCAUCUCUAUCAAGCUCCUCCUCCGCAGCAGCCACAAACAUCUCCAGUUCCUCCUCAUCCAUCUAUUUCCCACCCUCCUUACUCUGACAUGAUUUGUACGGCGAUUGCAGCGUUAAACGAACCAGAUGGGUCAAGCAAGCAAGCGAUUUCGAGGUACAUAGAGAGAAUUUACACUGGGAUUCCUACUGCUCAUGGAGCUUUGUUGACACAUCAUCUCAAGACUUUGAAGACCAGUGGGAUUCUUGUUAUGGUUAAGAAAUCUUACAAGUUAGCAUCUACUCCUCCUCCUACUAGUGUAGCUGCAGCUUCUGGUCUUGAACCUCCCAGAUCUGAUUUCAUAGUCAACGAGAAUCAACCUUUACCUGAUCCGGUUUUGGCUUCUUCUACUCCUCAGACUCUGAAACGUGGUCGUGGUCGACCUCCAAAGGCUAAACCAGAUGUUGUUCAACCUCAACCUCAGACUAAUGGAAAACCCACCUGGGAACAGAGUGAAUUACCUGUUUCUCGACCAGAGGAGAUACAGCCACCGAUACAGCCACAGCCAACGGUUAAAAGACCGCCGGGUCGUCCUAGAAAAGACGUAACUUCACCGACAGUGAAGCCAGCUGCUUCUGUUUCCGCUGGUGUGGAGAGUGUGAAACGAAGAGGUAGACCUCCGAGUGGAAGAGCUGUUGGGAGAGAGAGGAAGCCUAUUGUAGUCUCAGCUCCGGCUUCAGUGUUCCCCUAUGUUGCUAAUGGUGGUGUUAGACGCCGAGGGAGACCAAAGAGAGUUGACGCUGGUGGUGCUUCCUCUGUUGCACCACCAAAACCUCCACCUAACGCCGAGAGUGGAGGAGAGGAGGUUGCAGUCAAGAAACGAGGAAGAGGACGGCCUCCUAAGAUUGGAGGUGUUAUCAGGAAGCCUAUGAAGCCGAUAAGAAGCUUUGCUCGUACUGGAAGACCUUUAGGAAGACCCAGAAAGAAUGCGGUGUCAGUGGGAGCUUCUGGACGACAAGAUGGUGACUAUGGAGAACUUAAGAAGAAGUUUGAGUUAUUUCAAGCGAGAGCUAAGGAUAUUGUUAUUGUGUUGAAAUCUGAGAUUGGAGGAAGUGGAAAUCAAGCGUUGGUUCAAGCCAUACAGGAUCUGGAAGGGCUAACAGAGACAACAAACGAGCCACAAGAGCACAUGCAAGAAGUGCAGCUGCCAGAUGAGGAACACCCUGUAACCGAACCCGAACCAGAGGGACAAGGACAGACAGAAGCAGAGGCAAUGCAAGAAGCUCUGUUCUAAAGAGAGCAUUGACACACACACACCUCAUAAAAAACUAGCAAGUGGUGAUGAUGAUGGUGGGUUUGCUUGUUGUGUUGUUCCAUGAAAUUUUUAAUCUUUAUAAGGGUGUUUGCAGGAGAAAAACAAAAAGAACAAUGUGAUGAUGAUGAUUGUGUUGUGUCUCUAACCAAACAACAAGGAGAGGUAGGGUAAUGUCUGUAAAGUGAAUUAGGAUGUUGCCAUUGUUCAUGCUUCCCAUCUCUCUCUCCAUCGUCCAUAUCUGUGUAGGCAGCUUUGUUCUUUGUUCCCUGAUGUUUUUUAGACUCUGGUUCUCUUAUAUUCUAUUUUGUCUCUUAGGCUUUUUAGGAGCUUGUUUGUUGUUGAUGUUUAUCAAAACGCCUAUGUAAUUUUUAUGACCACUUCUACUUUUUUUAUGAUGGUUUCUUCAGCCUCUUACGUGAUGUAGUCAGUACCAUUAAAUAAACGUUGCUUAUGUCA